AUAUGGGAACAAAGUUUAAUAAUUUCAUAUACUGCGUACAACUGCAUGCUCAGCACCAUUCAGUUUUCAUCUCCUAGAUGAGUUUUGCAUUUAGAAUGACUUGGAGAACAGCCUUGAUAUUAUUGCGACCCACUGAAUGUAUCCUCUCUCUUGAUUCUAGCUGAUGAGUGUGAAAGUAAUUUCCUUCGAAAAUGGUGCAAGAGCUGAUUUGAAUAACAAACUAUGUAUAGACUUGAUCUGCAUAAAAUCAUGGUAGGUGCACAUGGAUUGGCUGGAUGGUUUUGGCAGGAUCUUUUCAUAGAUGAGAAAAUAACCCAGCUGUGGUUAGUGCAGGUGGCUCAUCUGAAUCAGUCUCUCCCACAUUCAUAGGCAAAUGAGCGGACCGAGUGACGCUGUGACUAUCAGAGUGUAAAUGCACUUCCUCCUGACUUGUUGUAGGUUUAAGUGUGUCACUGGGCAGCAUGACGGAGGUGAUGAACAGCUGUGACUCCGCAGUGGGAGACUACAGUGUGAGCGGUGCAUCCGAGGAGCAGAACAUCUCUUUUCAGAUCUUCCCAGACUCCCAUGAACGGUUCCCAAAGCUUUCCAAACGCUUGCCAUCCAUCGUGGUUGAACCCACUGAGAGCGGGGAGGUGGAGAGCGGGGAACUCCGCUGGCCUCCUGAUGAUCUGAGCCCUACAGACGACCCCAGAGACAAACAGGCCCAGGCUGCAAUCACCAGCCCAGUCCACUGGGAACUACAUUUCCCAGCAUCCCUUCUGGUCAACACCUGCACACAGUCAGUCAUCACCACACCUGCCAUAGAUGAUCUCAUCAAUCUCUGUAUAAGAGCAGCUACUUUCCACUUCUUCCUUGUCUAG